AUGACCUACCAAAUCGCCUAUGACACAACCCGCGCACCGUCCCGCGGCGCCGCGCUCGUCGCAUUCAUGGAAGACUUCUACCGCACCAGCGACACAGAAGCCCAGCACGAGAAAUACGUCCAGAGCUUCACCGAGGACGCAACGCUCAUCAUGGGUCCCAAGGAGGCCAAGGGCGCGAGUGAAAUUCUUCCCCUGCGCCAUGGCCUCUGGACUCAUGUUGCUUCCCGCCGACACACGCCUACGCGUAUCUACUUUGGCGGCGACGAUGAGAUCAUGCUGUAUGGUGGUGUCAAUUAUAGACUCAAGGCGAACCCGGAUAAUGAUGUCUAUGUGCCUUGGGCUGGACGGGUUGUGUUUGCGCCUCACAAGGAUGGCGAGGAUAUUAAAAUGCAGUUUUAUCAGGUUUAUUUGGAUACUGCGGCUCAGUCGGGGAAGAAAUAG